AUGGCGAACCCGGUGGGGGAGGAAAACUGGGUCGAAUUUGUCGACCAUCAGCUGCGCGAGGCCACCGACUUCGAAUCCCGCGUGCGUGUCAUCGAGGCUUUCCGCCGCGCCACGACCGCCGAACCCGGCAGCAUAAAGGUGUGGACGGCCUAUUGCGAGUACUUCUGGUCCCUCUACUCCGAUUGCCAGCCCGGCAGCGACGCCGGCUGGCCCCCCGACGAGCAGCAACUCGGUCGCGAAACCUUCACCAUCGACAAUGCCCUCAACCUGUGGCAGGAGGGCUAUCAAGCCGUGCAGUACCGCCUCGCCGACAGCCACGAGCUAUGGAACCGCUGGGUCUCGUUCGAGAUGGAGAUGCUGCGGCGCACCGUGACAGCGAACGGCGUACGCAGGAUUACUCACCUCUUCAAGGACCGCCUCACCGUCCCGCAUGCCACUUGGGAUGUUACUUCGCAGAUGUUCUCGAGCUUCCUCUCCGAAUAUAACCGACAGGCGUACGAAGUCGAGAUGGAGCAGGUGACGCGAAACGCUAAGGCCGCCAAGCGCCUCUACGAACUGCGCGACCCUUGGGAGACGAAGCUUGCGCGCGCCGCCAAGGCGCAGGAUAACGACGCGCUCCGAGCCAUCAUGUCCGAGUACACCGAGUGGGAGAUUCGACUCAUCAAGUCUAAGAAGGAUGCCAAGGACCUCGCCGUCAAUUUCCAGAUCUGCCUCGGCCUAUUCACACGCGCCCUGACGGGCGUGCUAGCCUCGGACGAGGACACCUGGUUGAACUUUUCGGUCCUGAUCUCCACCACCCAUACGGACCUGAAGGCCGGCCGGUGCUAUCUCCCCCCGAACCUGGUACCCAACAUGCUCGACGUCCUCCAACGUGCUGUGCACCACGUCCCGUGGUCAGGGCCCGUUUGGGCCCGCUACAUUCUGACCGCCGAAGAGGCCAGCUUGUCAUUCACCGACAUCGAGCGCAUCAAACACGCCGCCACCGACAGCGCACAGCUGGACAGGGACGGCAUGUCGGGCGUUCUCGACAUGUACUCGGCUUGGUGCGGUUAUCUCAAGCGCUCCGCUAUGAACCCCAACGCCACCGAGGAGGCCAUUGACGUCGCUGAGGUGGGGCUGCCGUCGGCCCUUGAAGACGUCAAACACUGGGGCAAGCGCAAGUAUGGCGACGCGUACCAGGGUGACCCUGACUACCGGCUUGAGAAGAUUUUGAUCCAGUUCCUCACCGAAAAGAAGGACGACAUCGACAGCGCCAGGGCCGUCUGGGAACAACUAUCGCAUAUCGACCUGCACGCGAAUGGCUACGACUUUUGGCUUAAUUGGUACAUGUGGGAAAUGAUGGUGUUCUUCACGGCCAGGACCAAGACGACGCGUAGUCCUACCCCGGUGCCGGCCCACGGGCUGCGGGUCCCGACUUUCGCCACGCGCGUUUUUACGCGGGCGCUCAAGGUCCGCACCGUGGACUGGCCGGAGCGCCUUAUGGAAGUGUAUCUGAAGCAUUGCAACGACUACGAGCGAGCCGAGACGCUGCGCGAUGCCCAGGACACCAUUUACAAAACCCGCAAGGGCGUGGCCAAACGCCGCGGGCGGGAAGCGGCCCAAGCGGCCCAAGCAGCACAUGAGGCUGCACAGGCUGCCCAGCAAGCGGCGCAGACAGAGCAACGCACGGACCAGCCCAUGGCAGACGCCACAGACCUCAACUCGUCGCCUAGCUCCAAGCGGAAGCGGGAGGCCACGCCGGGAGAAGAUGAGAGCGGUAACAAGCGGGCCAAGAGCGAACUCCAUAGCGAGGAACUGAAGCGGGACCGCGAGAAUACAUCGGUGUGGGUGACCAAGCUGCCCAAGGACGCGACACAGACCAAGCUCAAGCAGUUCUUUCGCGACUACGGGCACGUCAACAAUAUCGACCUGCAGAAGCAGGACGACUCUGCGAUCGCCCUAGUCGAGUUCGGCACGGCGGAUGACGCGAGGUCGGCCUUGUUGCGCGACGGCAAGUAUUUCGCCGACCACGCCGUCCAGAUAACCCCCGCGACGGACUGCACCGUCUUUGUCACCAACUACCCCCCCGAGGCCGAUGAGCAGUACCUGCGAAACCUCUUCAAAAGCUGCGGCGACAUUUACAGCGUCCGCUUCCCGAGCCUCAAGUUCAACACGAAGCGCCGGUUUUGCUACGUCACAUUCCGCGAGCGCGCCGCCGCCGCCGCGGCCACGAAACUCGACGGAAAAUCGCUCGAAGCGGGCAAAUACAGACUGCUCGCCAAGUUCUCGGACCCGGCCGCCCGCCAAAUCCGCCACGGCGCGCAGGCCGAAGAGCGCGAGCUGCACAUUGUCAACUUGCCGCGGAGCGCGACCGAGGAUGAUGUGCGCGGCAUCUUUGCCAAAGCCGGGCGCGUCAUGAGCGUUCGCGUGCCGCGCAACAUGGCAGGAAACUCGCACGGCACGGCCUUUGUGGUGAUGGAGACCAAGGCCGAGGCGCAGGAGGCGAUCAAGGCCCUCGACAAGCUUAUUUUCGGUAACCACCCGAUCAAGGUCGAGCUAUCCCGCCCCGCCGCCAACAAAAUCACCGCCACCAGCCGCGCUGACGGCACCGCUUCCCCGUCCCCCGGCCCUUCACACCCGGGCGCCGAAGCAGGAGCCGGAGCAGGCCCCACCCCGGCCGAAAUCGCUGCGCGUACCAUCUCCGUGCUUAACGUGCCCGACACGAUGACCGACGCGCGGUUGCGGGCCGUUCUCGCACCAGCUUUGACUUCUGCCGCCGCCUCGGGGCCCCAAGACGCCAUGACCAAGAUGGUUUUGCACCCCACCCAUGGCGGCGCCUUGCUGGAGUUUGCCAGCGCCGCUGCGGCGGGCAAGGCCGCGCUAGCCGUGGACGGGCUGGAGAUUGAUGUUCCGGGUGGAGGUGGUGGUGAUGGCGGCGCGGGUUCGAGGAAGCUGCGCACGGGCACUGUUGCGGAGCUGUUCAAGGGCCGUGGGGAGAGGCGGGUUGACCGGGUGGACUUGCCUGCUCGCGGUGGUAGUGGUAGUGGCAGUGGUAGUGGCAGUGGUAGUGGCGCGGGGAAUGAGAAUGCGGCUAAAAAGAAUGCGAAUGCAAAGGCGAAUGCGGCGGAGCUGAUGCCGCCACCGCCGGUGGUUGUUCGGCGGCCCGCUGCGGGCGGCGCGAGGACCGGCCCGAAACGGGUGUUGGGGUUUGUGGGGGGUGUGGUCCCGAAAAAGACUGAGGGGGCCGGGAUGAGUAACGGCGAAACGAAGGGCGAGGGCCAGGCCCAUAUUGGGGGGAAGAGUAACGAGGAUUUCAAAAAGAUGUUUCUGGGCGCGGGCAGCAACAACAGCAACAACAAUAGCGAUAACAGCAACCACAACGGCAACAGUGCGCCGGGGCCCGAUGCCGACAAGGCAAUUGCGAAGGUGGAACAGAAUGGGAACAUGGCUGAGUAA